AUGUAUCCAAGCUGGGCAUAUAAAGUAGGUGCAAGAUGGGUAUCUGAUCAUAGUACUUUAUUUGGGGGGAAUAACUCAAUCCCAAAGCCAACAAAUGUUCCAUUCAGAGCAGUCAAGGUGUGGAAGAAUCAUUAUGGUUUCCUACCACUUAUUAAAGAUUCAUGGAGUAAAGCAGUAAAAGACCAAGAACCAGAAAAUACUAUACUCUUAAAUAAGUUGGUAACUGCAAGAGGGAAGUUGGAAGUUCUUUCUCAACAACAAAAAGACAUCAUUCAACAAAAAUCAAGAGUAAUGUGGCUUAAAGAUGGAGCUUCAAAUACUAAAUUCUUUCAUGUUAAUAUGAAAGUAAGGCAAGCUCAGAACAUGAUAAUAGAGUUAGAAGAUGAUGAUGGAAACAUAAUAACUUCACAGAGAGAUAUUUCUUCAAAUCUUGUUGCCCAUUUUGAAGAAAAGUUCAAAUUCCAGGAGGUGGAGAUAAAUCAUCAAUUUUUGGAUGUAAUUCCAAAAGUAAUAAAUACUGAAGAUAAUAAAAUGCUAGAAUCAACUCCUUCUAAGGAAGAAAUUAAAACAACUAUUUUUGUUCUCAAUCCAGAGAGUGCACCAGAACCAGAUGGAUUUGCAGGGCGGAUUUAUAGAUAUGCUUGGGAAAUUAUUGGUAAAGUUCUCACAGAUGCAGAUCAAUACUGCUGGAGAAGAAGUUUUAUACCUGAGGGACUAAAUGCAAAUUUCCUUAAGCUGAUACCAAAAACCAACAAUGCAAAAAAGGCAAAGAAAUAUAGACCUAUUGGAUUAAUUAAUUUCAGCUUCAAGAUUUUUACAAAAAUUUGGGCUACAAGGCUGGGGAGCAUAAUUCAUAAAAUGGUUUCACCACAACAAGGGGCAUUUAUAAAAGGAAGAACAAUACAAGAACAGAUUGCUUUAGCUUAUGAAAUGGUUAAUGAGUUGGAUAUCAAAAGAAGAGGGGGUAAUUUUGGGUUAAAAAUAGACAUUACACAAGCCUAUGAUUCUCUCAGCUGGAACUUUCUAUUCCAAGUCAUGAGCAAGUUUGGAGUAUCAGAUACAACAAUUUACUGGCUUCAAGAACUUCUCAAUUCAGCAAGAAUAUCAAUAUUAGUAAAUGGUGGUCCUGAAGGUUACUUCAAAGUAGGGAGAGGUUUGAGACAGGGUAAUUCCAUGUCUCCUCUUCUUUUUGUUAUUGCAGAAGAUGCUCUUAGUAGAAAGAUAACAAGUGAAAUACAAAAAUAUUCUCUGAAGGAAAUGAUGAUGUUUUUCUGUUUUGUAAUGGGGAAAGAAGAAAUGCUAAAAAAACUUAUGGAAUUACUUAAAAUCUACCACGACUCCUCAGGACAAAGAAUCAGUAUGGAAAAAAGUAGGUGCUUUAUUGGAGGUACCAGUGAUAGGAGGAAGCUUCAAAUUUUAGAAGAAUGUGGAAUUCCUUUGUCAGAAUUUCCAGAUAAGUAUUUGGGAGUUCAAUUAUUUUCUGGUGGAGUGAAAUCAUAUCAUGUAUGGAAUGGAGUUGAGAUGAUGAAAGAUAGACUAGCAGGGUGGAAGGUGUAUAGAUGGCCAAAAAGAGUAAUAAAAGAAUGUGAGAGGAUCAUUAGAAACUUCUUAUGGACUGGUGAUCCUUCUCAAAGGAAACAAGUAACAUUAAAAUGGAAUAAAGUGUGUUCUCCUCUUAGUGAGGGUGGACUUGGAAUAAUAAGAUUGGAAGUGGUUAAUAAAGCUCUUAUUAUGAAGUUAUUUUGGAAGAUUCAACAUGGGACAGAGGAAAUGUCAAAGUUCUUUCAAGCUAAAUUUCAGAAUAAAAAGGGUGAACGGAUUUCAUACUACAAUAAAUCAUCAAUAUGCCAAGGAAUAAAAUGGGUGAUGGAAGAUGUACAGGAAGGUACAAGAUGGUUGGUUGGAAAUGGUGAAAAUAUAUCUGUGUGGAAGGAUAAAUGGAUACAAGACAGAGCAUUAGAAGAUAAUUUUCAUAAUCAUUCUUAUGUCCAACAAUUCCCAAACAUGAAGGUAGCUGAUCUUAUUCUUGAAAGAGAAUGGGUAAUUCCAGGUGAAAUGAUGAAGAUCAUUGAAAUAAAUGAAUUACCUGUAUUAGGAGGAGGAGAAGAUAGAAGAAUAUGGACACAUACAAUUUCGGGUGAAUUCAAUGUGGCUUCUGUUGUGGAAGCAAUAAGAGAGAAAUUUCCAAAAAUGCAGUGGAAAACUCAGGUAUGGCACCCAUCUAUUCAUCCUAAUAUCUCAAGUAACAUAUGGAAAUUAGUUAGUGGAAUAUGUGCCACAUAUGAAAACCUCAAGAAAAGAAAAGUUCAAUUGGCUUCAAGAUGUUGUUUCUGCAAAAAGAAAGAAGAGAAUAAAGAACACUUACUCUGGUUUUGUUACUUAAGUGAAAUCAUUUGGAAAUGGCUAGGAAACAUGUUUAAUUUCAUCAAUCCUAAAUCAUUUGAAGAGAGCCUUAAAAUAACAAAGAAUAAGAGCCCUGCUAUUAAAGAAGUUUGGAGAGCUGCAUCUUUCAUUACAAUGAGAGAGUUAUUGUUUACAAGAAACAAAUUGCUAUAUGAGUAA